CAGAAUGUCCUUGUGCGGGAGACGCAUGUCAAUAAGGCACACCACUAUCUUAUAGAGUCUACAUCGCAGACUUCGGCAUUGCACGGUCGUACGAUUCUUGGGAGGCAGUGGAAACAGAUGGUCACACCUCCUUUACUCGCACGUACGCUGCUCCAGAGGUCGUUCGGCAGGAUAUGCGAGGACUAGCCGCCGACAUCUUUUCACUAAGCUGCGUUUUCUAUGAAAUGGCCACAGUACUCCAUCCACAUGAGGUCGAACAGCUUCAAGAGCUCAUUGACAGCACCAGAACGCAAGACAAGUCACAUCAAGGCAACUUGGACCAACUCUACAGCCAAUUGUCGACCGCGGAAGAGAGAUUUAGGGAAAAGGGCAGGAAUUGUAUGGAUGCCAAUAUCUUGAACAAUAUCCGUCAGACUUUGAGCGAUGACCCUGCGAAACGUCUGAUUGCCAAGGAUAUGCUCGCAUGCUUCAUGGAAAACAUUAGACAUCGCGAUUGCUGCGAGAAAGGUUCGGAGCCGCUGGAGGCGAUGGAAAACCACGACUCGGUCCUCAACAGACUUGUCAACAAGCCGCUGGACGGAAUCAGAGGAUCCGCAACCGAUACAGAUAAGGUUUAUUGCUCUUGGAAGUUCUAUCAAAACAAGUGACAUAAGAGAUGCUUUCCCGAGUCGUAUUCUACGUAGUCUCUAGAAUCUGAAAUGGUGAGAGAUCAAGAUCUUUAGG